UCACAGUGCGCCGGUAUGCAGAAGGCGCUCUCCUGAGCCCCGUAGUGCCGGUGGCCGACACUAGAGGCUUUGCUGUGUUGUGUUGUUUUGUUUAGCUGGAUGUUGGCUCAUGCUUUCUACUGUAGCCGGCUGUAACGGUGAUGGCUCUCCCAUGAGGCGGGGGACCGGGGCCCUGUUUUCUCACUAAAUACUCCGUGAAGGACCGUGUGGCCAUGGCUGGGGUUUUCGACAUCGAUUUGGAUCAACCGGAUGAGAAUGUGUCUGACGACGAACUCGAAGACGGGGGCCAGCUCGCUGAAUACAUGGACCAGUGCAGUGGGUUUGAAUUUAACAUGGACGACUGUGAGAAGUUUGAAAUCUCUGAGAACAACGUCAACAAGGGAGCAGAGCAGAUCAGGCCUGAAUGCUUCGAGCUGCUGAGAGUCUUGGGAAAAGGUGGCUAUGGAAAGGUCUUUCAAGUUCGGAAGGUGUCUGGUGCUACUUCGGGGAAAAUAUUCGCCAUGAAAGUUUUGAAGAAGGCCAUGAUAGUGCGAAAUGCAAAGGACACGGCCCACACCAAAGCAGAGCGGAACAUUCUGGAGGAGGUGAAGCAUCCUUUCAUUGUGGAUCUCAUCUACGCCUUCCAGACUGGGGGAAAGUUGUACCUCAUCUUGGAGUAUCUUAGUGGUGGAGAGCUGUUUAUGCAGCUGGAAAGAGAGGGCAUCUUUAUGGAGGACACAGCAUGUUUCUACCUGGCUGAGAUCUCGAUGGCUUUGGGUCACUUGCAUCAGAAAGGCAUCAUCUAUAGAGACCUGAAGCCUGAGAACAUCAUGCUCAACAACAACGGUCAUGUGAAGUUGACAGACUUUGGCCUGUGUAAAGAGUCUAUCCACGAUGGAACAGUCACCCACACCUUCUGCGGCACCAUAGAGUACAUGGCUCCAGAGAUACUAAUGAGGAGCGGCCAUAACCGGGCAGUGGACUGGUGGAGUCUGGGAGCGCUCAUGUACGACAUGCUAACAGGAGCGCCCCCAUUCACAGGGGAAAACAGAAAGAAGACCAUUGACAAAAUCUUAAAGUGCAAACUCAACCUUCCACCUUACCUCACACAAGAAGCCAGGGACCUUCUGAAGAAGCUGCUGAAACGAAAUGCCUCGUUACGACUCGGAGCUGGACCAGGCGACGCCUCAGAAGUCCAGGUCCACCCAUUCUUCCGGCAUAUAAACUGGGAUGACCUCCUCGCCCGCAAAGUAGAGCCUCCGUUCAAGCCUUUCCUGCAAUCAGCUGAUGACGUCAGCCAGUUUGACUCCAAGUUCACCAGCCAGACCCCAGUGGACAGCCCCGACGACUCCACACUCAGUGAAAGUGCCAAUCAAGUCUUCCUGGGUUUCACAUAUGUAGCCCCAUCUGUUCUUGAAAACGUCAAGGAGAAGUUCUCCUUUGAGCCAAAGGUCCGGUCACCGCGGAAGCUCCCUGGAAGCCCAAGAACACCUGUGAGUCCUGUGAAGUUUGCUGGUGGGGACUGCUGGCCCCGGGGACCCACGCUGUCUGGCGACCCGUCUCUGCUCUCCCCCGGCAGCUCUGUGGAGCAGCCGAUGGAGGUGUCGUCUGUGGAGCACAUGGACAUGAGCAGCAGCAGCUCUGAGGCCUCGGCGCCGCUUCCCAUCAGGCAGCCUUCGGGCAUCAUUGGCACAGGGCCCUUCAAAAAGCAAGCCUAUCCCAUGAACUCCAAGCGGCCCGAGCAUCUGCGGAUGAACCUAUGACGCUUGGCUUGCCUCAGAACCUUUAGUCCUCUUCCAAUUCCUCCUCUUUGUUUUAUUGUUUUUGUGCAAAGAAGAGACUUGUAGAAAUUAAACAAUUAACUGACACUGUCGACUCCGAUCACCAGCUCCUCCAGCAGCGCCUUCCCUCCCGCUCGGCCUCCCCCUCCUCCUGGUUUAGCUUGGCCUCCUCCGCCUGCCCCAGAUAAUCAACAAUCAAAUCCAGCAGAUAUCUCGCCAGUCAGAGGAGCGUUAUGAGAGAGGAGCUCUUGACUGAAAGUGGACCUGGUUGUUGGCUGUGUAAUGCCAGCUGAUAAGGGGGCAGAGCGCAGUUGAUCCGCCUGGUUUCACUGUCCUUGACUGGCAUUAUUGUACGGCAUACUGGUGCUUUACACCUUUGAGUCUGCACAGUGUUACUUCUAGUGUUUACUGCUAGUUGCUUCCAUCAUAUGGAGCGAGACAGGAUAUGUGAUCUUUGCAUCCAUGUAAAGAGAAAACCAGUAACAAAGGGUGGUGAUGUCCUCCGUCAAGAUGCUCGGCUUUGUUUUUUUUUUGUUUGUUUGUUUGUUUGUUUUUUUAAUAAUACCACGUUAUGAUACGAGGUUAUAGGUUACACUACUAGAGGUUAGAAAUAUUCGAUAACAAUUCCAGAAUGAACACAGUAUUCCUGUUUGAUUGUUUUCCACUUGCUUGUGAAGAUGAAAAUCAUAUUGCCUUUUUCACUUUGCAUUGUCACUUGAAGAGUGUGAUCAGGAGUAGACAGCACAACUUAUGAGAAAGCAGCUAUAAAUAUAAAAAAAAAAAAAAGAAAGAAAGAAAGAAAGAAAGAAAAAAGAUAGAGGCAAAAUUUUCAGCUAAACGUAUCA